CAUGGGUCAUCAUUGCCACCAAGCAAACAAGCAAACUGGUACCAAAAAGAAGACCGGUACCCGACUCAAAGGCGAACAUGAUCUCCUCCCAAGGACAUCAUCAAUCCAUUAUUCGCAGCAGCAAUAGCAAUACAACAGAGCAAGAGCAAGAGACUUGGAGAGCGAGAGCAUGAAGAGCACCAGUGCUACUAGUCCUGAUACCGUCGGUAACUCGUUGAGAAGGGGAGGGUCGAUGGGUAGCAUCCGAAGAAGCAGAAGGAGAGGCAUGGGUAGCAUGGGUAGCAUCCAUAUGGGAAUGUUUCUACUGGUAGUAACCCUCCUUCUAGGCAUACAUGUGGUGCCAUGUACCGGAAUUUGGUUCACGAACGAGUUUAAUGAAAAAGCUGGGCCUUGUCUUUCCGAUUCCAAUGUUAUUGGAUACAAGCAUAUCUAUGACGUCAUGUCAGAUCUCGAAUACGAACAGAUUCGGCUGGAAGCAGGAGAAGCUUCCCGUGCCCCGUAUGUGAUUCCACUGUGUCCCCGGAUGAGGUACCUCAUGGAGGAACAAGCCUUGGAAAUCAUCUUGAAUGAGGACAUUACAGUGGCGUGUGGCGAGUUGGGACAAAGCAGCGAUCAAUGCGUACUGGAAGGAGGAAGUGGGGAUUAUCAGCUCUUUAUCCCUCCCACGUAUAGCCGGAAUGUCUAUGUGCAGGGAAUCACAUUCUCCCAGUUUCCACACUCUGCCAUUGUGGCCCGAGGAGAUAGCGAUGCCGUACUCUAUAUGAAGGACACGGUCUUUACCAACGGAACGUCCGUCGGCAGUGAUAUAGUGGAUCUAGCACCUCCCAAUGACACCGCCUUGGCUGCCAUGUCGAUCGCUGCCACUCGAACCACCGUUCAAAACCAUUUCGGUACUCCACCCGGAAUAUUCUCCAAUCGACAGGGAUCGCUCUAUCUGGAGGAUUUGACGCUGGGAGACAAGGGAGAUAGUGUCGUUUGCGACGAUCAUAUCGUGUACACCGAACGAGCCAACGGGUACGGAUCCCUCAAUUUUCGAGGCACAUUGGAAGCCACGGGUCAAACGGGCAACUUUGGCAACUACGCACCUCGCAUCUUUGUGAUACGAGGAACCGAUGGGGUGGAACCGGGCACGCACUAUUUUACCGAUAUGAACGUCGUGGCCAAUCAGCAACUCCAAUUUGAAGUCUUUCUUGAAAUCCGCGGCGACAAGGAACAGGCGAUUUGGACAAAUGUCACCGUCAGCAACAUUACCAUGCAAGCCGAUGGAGUUUUGGUGCAUGCCAUGAAUCAGAGCAUGGUGUCAAUUAGUGGGGGUCCUUCUUCUUCUGGAGGGCUCACUGUGGAGGAUUCGGUCAAUAUGGGGACCAUCUUGCAAGCCAGCUCGUUGGCAACCGUGAAGGCUUCCGAUGUGCAAGUCCGGAGAACGACCGCCAAACCCGAUCGAAUCAGAGUCAGCAGCGUACUCAUGGCAUCGAUCGGUGGGACAAUCCUUGCAGAGAGAUUCGAUGUGUCGGAUGUACGCGAUUUCACGUCCAUCUAUAUGGCCGAAUGCGGAAGUGUGCUCCAAGUGCUAUCCGCUUGUUUGAGUCAGGCAACGGUAGAGUAUAUCGGAUUCCUAGAUGCGGAGUCCUUCCCUGUCAUGGUGGAGAAUUACGUGGAAACAGGCUCCAUCAGCGGGCUUGUCCAAUGCGCCGAGGAGCCGUCUCUCUCGAUAUUUAAACCGGAUCCCGGUUCUGUAUGCUUAGGAAGCACGGUACCAUGCACGGGCACUUGCUUGCCCACAUUCCGGGAAACGACAACUUGCCAACCUCACGACGCUAGCCUUGGCUUGGAGUUUGAAGCAACCGAUUCCUUUGACGUACGGGAUUGUUCCGCUUCUUCCGCGGAACAAGAGGACAAGAUUUUGCGUUUCAACCUUCGAUUCUCGAUCUUUUCAGACACUGAUUUUUUUGAGCUCUUUAAGGAUGAUAUUGAUGGAGUAAUCUGUCAAACACAAUACUGGCUCAGUCAAUUGAUGCAGAAUGCUACCGGUAGCAAGAGUGUCUACGUCCAGGCUACGGAGAUAGAUUGGGGCCACUACAAAGAAGCAGACGAACCGUUACACCUGAACUUUACAGCACAGCUCGAAGAUGCCGCAAGUGAAACUGAUGAUGUCGACUGGCUGGAUUCUCAACAAAUCCUCAAUGAAGUGGAACGUUUGGGGGAAGAGGGAUGGAAACGGUACUUGGUGGAUUAUGUGUGGAAAGCUGAGCCACUUGGUCAAAAUGUUUUCGCAAAUGCCAAUCAAGUGUUUUAUGAUCUCUUAAUGCGAGAGCCCGUGCAGGGCACGCUCGAAGAAGCUGAAUGUCCGGCAACUGUUGCCCCAACUGCAGCUCCUUCCAGCAGUUCGUCAGCUGAUUCCAGCAGCUUGGACCCAUCAUUGACGUCGGUGGUGGACGCGGUCGCAUUGUAUGCAGAAGCAGAAACGAUGCUUGAAAAGCUAGUCUUGUCAGGCGUGGACUCUCAACUCCGUACGGCUGGACCGUUCACGCUUUUGGUGCCAACAAAUGAAGCCUUUGAGAAAGCAUAUCGACCAGAAUUGGACACGGAAGAGUACAAGCAUCAUUUGGUAGACUUACUGGGGUAUCACGUGGUGGAAGGUCUUUAUGUAUCCAGUUUCAUCACCGAGGAUAUGAAAGCGCUAACGAUAAACGGUGAAAGUAUCAAUGUUACAAGCAUCGAUCCUACAAUGAUCAAUGGUGAGGCCACCGUCAUUGCUGCGGAUGUGCUCGCGGACAACGGUGUUGCGCAUAUGAUUGAUGAAUUGCUGCUUCCAAGGAGUUUCACCAUGGAUAUGAUCAGUGCUGUUACCAUGCACCCUGACCUCACAAUCUUGCUGGAGUUGUUGAUACCUGACUUGGUGGAGACACUUCAGGGAACUGGUCCAUUUACGUUGUUCGCACCCACCGACGCCGCCUUCAGGAGCUUGAACCCGGAUGUAUUGAUGCUUUUGCAAACUGAUGAAGCUUUGAGGGAGGACGUCAAUGCGCUUUUGAGUCAUCAUGUGGCAAAUGGCAUCUGGGUCGCGGGAGAGCUCCAAAUUGAAUCAGAGUUGCAAAUGCUCUCGGGCAACACUACCAUGAUCAGCAACAAUCCGUCUUUGAUGAUUGGUUCGGCGCAACUGCGAGAUACAGAUAUUCUUGUCACCAACGGUGUGAUUCACAUCAUCGACUCUGUCCUGCUCAUGGGGAAUGCCACGGGUAGUAACUCCACAGGCGAAGACGACGACGACUCGAUUGGCGGGCCUGGCGGCAACAUCAAUAGCAGCAGUCCCGAUUGGCCCUUUGGUCCCAAUUACAUGGAUCUUUCUGAAUUGGAUCCCAUGUCAGAUUACAAUCUCAGUUUUUCUCUGUUUUCGGGGAAAGAAAGUCCAGCCAGUUGGGCCGAUGUCAAUGCCUUGAUGUGUCAAGUCAACAGCUUCUACACUUUCCAUUUGCGUCGAAUGCUCAAUGAUGCAACCAUCUUCGUGAAGGCCGUUUUCAUUGAUUUCUACUUCAACGACGAUGGUGCCGGUUCGGACGUGGAAGAUAUUGUUGUCACCUUCACUGCCUUUGCGUAUUUUGGUGAUGAAGAGCACACACAAGUCGACGCUGAUGAUGUUUUCCAAGCGAUGAAACUUUCUGCAGAUGAUCUCCAGAAUUUUCGUGAAGAAUUCAUCUGGAAGAGUGAACCCGAGCAAGAAAACAUCUUUUAUCAUACCGAAUCUCUUGCCAUAGAGGCAGGUGUUAACAACCCAAUCAACGACAAUGCAAUGCUCGUUGAAGCCAGUGGGUGUAUCUUGCCACCUGAAGACGAGGGUGCCAUUUUGUCACCGAAUGGUCCUGCUGUUCCGGAUGGCGGUUUGGGCGGGGACGCUAAAUCGACGAAUAUCGCUGUAGCCUUUCGAGUGUCCAACGUCGAAAACAUCAAAACGUCGGACGAUAUCAAGGCAGCGGGAUUGGAAGAUUCCUUCCCUGUCUUUGUCAGUGAACUUGUCAAUGAUAUGACCGCUGGAAGUAGCGCCCUUCGUGGCGGUCGAAGUUUGCGGGUGGUGCCCAUCCCCGGAACGGCAACUAUUGAGAGGGUGUUAGAAUUUGAUUGUCCGGCGAACGUUUUGCCGGGUCUCACCUGCCAUGAAGUCUUGGCCGCUUAUGACCUGCUCAUGAGCAGUGACGAAGACGAGAAUACUGUCAACAAUGAAUAUACUGAUGCUACCAAUCUAGCUGUCUAUGAUGGAACUUACAACAAUGUCUUGCAGCGUGUCAAUCCUGACACGCCUCUCUACAUCGGAAUCAUGACCAGUGAAGAUCAGAUCCCUCCCGGGUCAGACACAGCCCCGGGAUCAGGCAACAAUGAAACUGAAGCCAACGUCACUUCGGUGGUGGACAUUUUGGCCGGAGAGGAAGACUUUUCUGCUUUGUUGGCAGCGAUGGCUGCGACCGAACUUGAUGUCUUUUUGGAAGAGAUGGAAAACGUGACUCUGUUCGCACCACAAAACGCAGGGUUCGAGACCCUCGACAUGCAACGCCUAACCAAACUUGAGUACCGGCCGCACCUGAUUGAUCUCCUCGGAUACCACGUUCUGCCCAACGAGAUACCCACAGAUGACCUCGUCUUGUCCUUUUCCAUGGUGGCUUUGAACGGGGAAACCGUCAAUGUUACAAGUGUAAGCUCCAGAAUGUUGUCGGAACUCGCGCGCCCUGAUACUGGGGGUCAGGAUGGGAUAAAGUUGAACUACCGAGCGACAAUUGUCCUUGCCGAUUUGGAAGCUGAAAAUGGCGUAGUUCAUGGCCUUGACUCGGUGUUGUUGCCAUUCAGCUAUCGCUAUGAUGCCAUGGGGGCAGCAUUUGACUUGAAUUACUUCUCCACACUCGCCACUCUUGUGUCAAACGCAGAUUUGUUGGAAAUGUUCCAGCAACCCGGACCUUUUACAAUUUUUGCGCCUCGCAACGAAGCACUUUCUUCUUUGUCUUCUGAUGAGUAUGCCGAGCUGGAUAGCAACCCCUCCGCACUGUUGGAGAUGCUCAAAGGACACGUCUCUACUGGUGUGAUCACCAGCCAGGACUUGUAUGACGGGAUGGUGAUUACCAUGAUCAGUGGUGAGACGCACGAAGUGAAAUUGUCGCCAUCACCCAUGAUCGGUUCGGCGCAACUGCGAGAAACAGAUAUUCUUGUCACCAACGGUGUUAUACACUCCAUCGACAACCUGGCCAGAUCGCCGACCUCCAGUGAAAGCGACGAAACCGAGCCUAGCGCAGACACUGUGUGGGACGUAAUUGGAGGUGCCUCGAAUCUACAAUUGUUUCGGUCGGGGUUGGAGAGUACCAAUGUUGACAAGCUGCUCCAACAAGAUACUAUGGACUUCACUGUUUUUGGUCCUCCUGACGAGGCAGUACAAAAUGACGAAGCACUGAAAUUUUACAGUGAGAAUUUGAACAGUUGGAUUGGCCACGCAACAGACAUCUUUGAACACCAUAUCAUGGUUGGCUUGGCACUCACCGAACGAGGCAUUUGGGAAGAUACUGUGUCUGAGAUGUUUACCACGGUCACUGCCUCGUGUGCCUCAUCGUUGCUCGUGAAUCGCCGCACGCAGGAAAUUGGUGGGCAAAGUAUUGUUGUCGCAGACAUGAGCGCAGCCAACGGGGUUGUGCAUGAAAUGAGCGGAUUGUUGAAUGUCGAAUGGCGUCGAAAGUCGAUCCUCCAGUUUUUGGAGGAGCCAUAUGUGACGUGUAUGAGGACUCAGGGUUUUCUCUCCCGUUUCCGACGAUUGCAGGAUUCGUUCAGCUUUGACAACGUGAUCCAGGCGCUGUCUUCUCCGUCCACUCAAUUGGAUCAAUCUCUAUCGGUGGGGUUUGCGCCGAAUGGAUCGACUUUUGUGGCACCGUCCGAUGUUGCUUUUGUCGAUUCCGGGGUCCCGGACGAUGUCGACGAUGUUCUCUUGUACCACCAUGUGGUCGAUUCCAAUAUCUACAUGGAAGACCUUACGUCGUCAUUUAUGGGAGCGAGGAAGACAGCACAUCCAUUUGCAGAUGUUUUGGUCACAGUGGACGAAUGGUGGACUAUGAGAUACAAUGAUGUUGAGGUACAAGAGGAGUACCUCGCUCAAAAUGGUGUCAUUCAUGUAAUCAAUCAGUUGUUGGUGCCACCCACCAUGGUGGAGAUGCUCAACUUCACUACAAAUUUCACCGAUCUCAAAGUGUCGUUCUUGGUUGAUUGUUUCCAAUCGUCAAGUUUCGAUGCUGCUAAUCUAGCGACGUCGCUCGGUUAUGGCCCAGAACAGCGCUUCACGCUACUUGCUCCACUCGAUGGAGCGUUUGAUGCCUACUUCUGGGGGGGAGAGGAGAAAGAGCGAUUCCUGUCGCCAUUAUGGUCUCGUCAUGUAGAUGCUGUCCUGCUGAACUUGCUGAUUGCCCAACCAUAUACGAAGGAAGAUUUGGACCGAGAAUUAGCCUCAGAGUGGUCGUUCAUCCUGGAGAGUUUGGGUGGCUCGAUUCACACAGUCUACAACCGAACAAACAUUGGCUGGGGUAAAUCUCCAAACGAAGCACCAAGUGCACUAGACGGGGUGAUUCAUUUUGUCGAAAGCCUUGAAUUCCCCGCUUCUCUAACCAGCGAUGCUGUAAGCUUGCUGUGGAAUUUCAACAACACCUCAAGGUUCUCCGAGCUGGUCUUCUCGGGAGAUCUGUAUGACGCGAUAUCCAAAGUUGCCCCCCUGACUCUUUUGGCACCCACGGACGCAGCCUUUGAUGGGCGUUACACAUCGGCAGAAAUUGUGAGUCUUCUUGAAAACCACAUGUUCGAAGCCAUGCUCUUCAAGGACCAGUUGAAACAAAUGGAUGGGGAGUACAUAGUCUCCUUGAAUGGGAAAAAAUGGUGGAUUGAAACUGAUGGAGACUCGGUUUCUCUCAGAAGUGCUGACGGUCCAAUUGUUGAACUUGGUGGUGGCGAUCAUCUAUUCAGAACAGGAGUCAUGCAUUUCGUGGACUCUUUCAUAGUGGAAGCUAGUGACCUGCCACCUACCGUUAGCCCAACAGAGAACCCAUUGGGAGCAUCUGGACAAAACUGCAGUGCGUGUGACGGUGACAUUGUGACGACGAAUUCGCUACCGGGUGGUGUGUCUUGUUCGUUCUGGGAAUACGAAGUGUCGCAGCUUGACGCAGCUUCCGAAGAAUGCCUCUUGGAACGUGCAGUCGGUUCUACUGCAUGUGGAUGCGUCUCUACGGGUUCAGAGGAGAAGUGCUCCCUUUGUGCAGAUGGAGACAUUGAUUCCUCAAGAGUCCUUCCUGAUGCUCACGGCUUGACUUGUGGAUCGUUGCAAGGCAUGGACGAUGUGGAUGGGGUCGCAUGCGACAUUCUGAAGGAAAAGUACGCUGCUUGGUGCGGAUGCCCAGACUCCAAACCUCCACGAUGCAGCUUUUGCCAGUCUGGAGAGCACACGGCACAACCGUUCCCAAGUAUCACUGCGGUAACCAUGAAUUAUCGAUUGUUUGGUCAUUUGGGAGCCCCAGACUGCGAUGGCUUUGGAAACUUUUAUUCAGUACAAACGGAGGAUUCUUGUUCUGAUAUUGACAACGUCCUUUACCGCGAUUUCCCCUUCGAUAUGAGGGCUUGGUGCCGAUGCACCGGAGAGACAGCUCCAAAGGCGUGUGGAGAAGAUUUUUGUCCUCCAGGAACGGAGUUGCAGGAAUCCUUGGUACCCGGUUCAGAACAUGGUCUCAACGUAACCUGCCAGGAACUGAGUGACCUCUUUCCAUACGUCAGGGACGAGACUGUUUGUGACGAUGCACGGGAUACUGCGAAGCAAUGUUGCUUGCCUGCUUCUGGUCCGGUUGGGGGCGAAGCGGCUGGCGGUGUGAAUGACACUAACCCACCAAUGAAAUUGACUACAUCUUUCUUGGCAUUCGACCAGGAGGGUCAACGCACAGCCCGUGACUUGGCAGCCCCUGCUAGUGUGGAAACCGUCAACACGGCCUUUGACAAGUUCAUGAUUGAUGUUGUUGCCAACACGGAAGCAACUCAAAGGCAUUUGCUGCAAGCUCCGUCCAACCGUCGGCUGGCCGUUUCGCUUGUUCCUGGAAGCAGCGUAUUGUACGGAGUGUCCGACGUAUCUUGCGCCGAUUACGAUGGAGUCCCGGAGAAAUCCAGCUGUCAGAUGGUGUUUGCACAGUACGAGCUGAUCUUGCAAGACGAAGACCCCAAGGAGGUCGAGAAAAAGUACGACGAGGCCACGCAAAAGGCCAUUGAACAAGGGAAACUGCAGCAAUACUUGUCUCAGACAGAUCCAAACUACCCAUUCAAGGUAGCUGCUGUGACAGACGAGCCCGAAGCUUCAUCCGACAAGAUGCCAUGGUGGGUUAUUCUCUUCAUCGUCUUGGCGAGUGUCUUUGGUGUCUGUGGUUUGUGUUGCAUCGGAGGCUACUUCAUGUCGGGACCUGUUCGACCCAAGCAAAACGACGACGAUAUCGAGGCCCCGCUGCUGGAAGCUACUGCCGUGCACGUGACGAGUGACAGAGUCAAGCCAGAACAGCAAGAGCCCUCCGACGGGCAGGACGAACGUACUCCUACCGGCGAAGACAGUAGUGUGACGCCCUUGGAUCAGAACAAUCUGCAACGAGAGGUCGUUGAUGACGACUACGAUGAAGACGUUAAUAGGAUUGCAAGGGUGGAGGACCAGGCUGGAGAUGACUCUUCUGAUGAAGAUGGAAGAGAUGAACCCUGGGGCGAAGAUGACGGCAGUUGGGAGGAUGGCGACGAAACCUAUGACGAGGCGCAUAAUGUCAGGUUAAACAAGAGCGAGGUCGCCGAGGUUGUAAGCGACGAAGAAGAUGACUUAGACGAUGGCGAUGGUCAGAGCUGGGAACACGGGGACGAUGAUGACGAACAGCAACCACGUGAAAAUCCAGAUCUCGAUCAGAGAGACAAAGAGCCAAAUCAAGACAACGAAGGGGAACAUCAAAACAGAAAUGCUGCCUUCGAGGUGAAUGAUGCGAGCCAACAUGGCGAGGAGCUUAUGCAAGACGAGGAGGCGCAAGCAAUGGACGUAGUAGACGACGAAGAAGAACAUCCUGCAGAGGAGGCGCAAACAAUGGACGAAGACAAAGAAGAGCAGCCUGCAGAUGCCGACAUUGGUAUGGUGUCCGAAGGAAGUGACCAUGAUAGCAACAUCGAUGGUGGCAUGGCUGAAACUUGGGACGACGAAGAUGUGGAGCAGCCCACGGGCGAGGAAGGAGUGGUCACACCUACUGACGAACAAGUGGGAACCUCACCUGAUGACGAAAAAGAGGCAAGAUCACCCACGGCUUCACCUGAAACUGAAGUCUUCGAUGCAAACGAUUCUCCAAGGUCAGAUGGGAAUGCAGUUGAAGAACUACGGGCGCCCGCGGAACCGUUACCGCACAUGGAGCAAACCGCAGGUGAACCGGCUGCUGUUGCCGUGGCGCAAACAAACAUUGAUGGAGCAGGAGAAGAGCCUACCGGCAUGCCCGCCGAUACAAUGAUAGCUCGAGUUGACAGUGAAGAUACAGAUCUUGACGGAUUCGAUGAAGAAGGACUGGGGAUUGCCAAACUUCGUUCGGAACUUGCCGAGAUUGAUCGUCGAGCGGCCACGAGCUUUGCAUCAGAAUCGCUUGGACCAUCCAGCAUGAUCGUAGAACCUGACGAAGAAGACGUGAAGUUACCCGCCUCUCCUCGGGUGAACGCGAACAGCAACAAAGAUAGCAUGCAGCCUGAUGGUGACGUCAAUUGGGUAUCACUGCACGAGGAACUGGCUGGUGAUGAGGCGCCUCAAUCAAUAUUCGACACAUUUCCCGCCGAAGAGGCACGGCAGCGCGAACUAGAGGCCGGAGAAAGCCAACCACAUGAGAGCGAGGAGGGAGGGGAACAGAUUCCUUCAAACGGUGGAGCAGGCAAACAGGUCUCAUCAUUCGACACAGCUGGGAAUCCUGCACAUUCAAGCGAGGGAGGAGAUUUUGAUGUGUUGCCAAACGAAACAGAAAAUGACUUUUCCAGUCCGACGCCACAGAACGAAGCAGUGGGCACUCAGGUCGUUGCGGACGAAGAUGCCAUUCAUGCUUGA